AUGGCUCCAAGCCAGCGUUGCCACACCCGCUCCAUCAGCCUGCCCUCAGAGCUUCACCCUGCUGCGCUCAGGGUGGAAGAAGAGCUGCACAGGCUGAGGUCUUCGAUGGCUUCAUCCUCUUCCACGCCGCAGAUGAUAUGCGACAGCUUGAGAGGACUCGGAGGCCUGUACGAAUCGAUCGAGGGGCUCGUUCGCCUGAGAAGCAACCAUCAAACCCUCAUCCAUCCACUGCAAGGGAGACGCGUGGAAGGAGAACUGGUUGCGUCCAUCAGACUGCUGGACCUGUGCAGCGCAGUGAAGGAUGACUUGAGCACGAUGAAGGAGCACGUCCGAGGGAUUCGGUCGGCUCUCAGAAGGAGAGACGGCGCAGUGAUCGCGAACAAGGUGAAUGACUAUGUCCGCUUCGGGAGGAAGGCAGACAAGGAGAUGAAGGAUCGCUUCAGAUCAUUGAAGCGGGUCAUGGAGGACGAAGACACGCCGAUGGCGAUCUGGGGGUUGAUGGAAGCGGAGAUGAUCGCCAUUUCUCUACUGCGACUGGUGUUCUCCUUCGUGUCGAUGCAAACGGGAAGGUCAGAGCGUAGCAGUUGGUCUUUUGUUUCGAAGGCAUUGAGCAAGAGGAAGGUGGCAUCCGAUGAGGAGCAGGAGGCUGGAAGUGGAGUGGGAAGACUAGAAAUCUUCUCAUGGCGUGCUUCCUGCAAGGAUGGUGAUGGUGGGAGGGCAGUCAAGGCGCAAAGUCAACUGCAGAGGUUGGAGGUUAGCGUUGAAGGGCUGGAGAGCGGAUUAGAAUCCUUGUUCAGGGAGCUGAUCCGAAGCAGAGUCGCUCUGCUCGACGUACUCAGCUCAUAG